AUGCAGCAGGCGUCCAGGAAAAAGAAGAGAGAGUCAGAUCCAAUGCAGAACGGAGAACCCAUGAGCCCACAAGCACAGGACUCAAAACGCGUUGGGGAGGAAGAUGUUCCCCCACCUCCCACCUCACCCCCACCGCCCCCUCCUGGGCCACCCCCCUGUCCCAGGCCCCGGCUUGUGUUCCACACCCAGCUGGCCCAUGGCAGCCCGACAGGCCGCAUCCACGGCUUCACCAACGUUAAGGAACUGUACGCCAAGAUCGCCGAGGCAUUCCACAUCUCCCCCUCUGAGAUCCUGUUCUGUACCCUCAACUCCCACAAGGUGGACAUGCAGAAAUUGCUAGGGGGGCAGAUUGGGCUAGAGGACUUCAUCUUUGCCCAUGUGAGGGGGGACACAAAGGAAGUGGAGGUCACCAAGACUGAGGAUGCCCUGGGCCUGACUAUCACAGACAAUGGUGCUGGAUAUGCUUUCAUCAAGAGGAUAAAGGAAGGGAGUACCAUUGACCGUCUGAAGACCGUUUGUGUGGGCGAUCACAUUGAGGCCAUCAAUGACCAGAGCAUUGUGGGAUGUCGGCACUAUGAGGUCGCCAAGAUGCUCAAGGAGCAGAGCAGAGGAACGCCCUUCACACUCCGAUUGGUGGAGCCCAAGAAGGCAUUCGACAUGAUUGGUCAGAGGACGAGGGCACCCAAGUCCAGUGAGGGGAAGCUGGCAAGUGGGAAGGAGACUCUGCGGCUGAGGUCCAAAGGCGCUGCAACCGUCCAGGAAGUGCCCAACGAAUUUGAAGAGAGAGCGACCAAGAAGGUGGAUGACCUGCUGGAAAGCUACAUGGGCAUCAGGGACCCUGAGCUUGCCACCACCAUAGUAGAGGCAGGCAAAGACAAGAAGAACCCUGACGACUUUGCUGAGGCUUUGGACUCAGUGCUGGGUGACUUUGCCUUCCCUGAUGUAUUCCUGUUUGAUGUGUGGGGAGCCAUUGGAGACGUGAAGAACGGUCGGGUGUAG